GAAGCUUCUAUAGGGUUUCUUUGUUUUCAAACAUUUAAAUCUGUGGCUUUCAUGAGUCUAGCCAUCAUACCCUGCAAAUAAAUACCUGUAGCUCUUUCUUUCUCUCCUUUCAUCAACCAAAUAAAAAAUCCAAGCUGUUUCUCAAAACCACCCAGCCCCCAACUCCCUUUUCCAGAUGCUGAAUCUUUUAAUCUGUGGCAGUGGCGGCAGUACUUUUCAUCAUGAAGAAGAUCAAGGUGACCCAUGGAACAAUAGUCCUUGUACAUCACCAACAAAAGCACGGAAGAAUAGGUGUCAUAACAAGAACAAGAACCCAUAUUCCAGUCGUGGGCUCGACAAGUUUUCUGCACUUUUAAAUGAUCUUGAAGAGAAGAGGAACAAGAUUUACUCACAAGUGGACUCCCGAGAUAUCUUUAUGGUGCGCUUUGUGUACUCGAACUCAAAUGAUUGCGUUCCAAUUGUGGUGAAGUCCAAGACCAACAAGGAAGGCAAAACUAAGAGCAGGGAUGGGAAAGAAGAGGAAGCGAUCGCACCGUUUGAGAUCUCAGACGUUGAUUCGAUAGAAGUGAAGCAGCCAGAAGUAAUAUCGGAGCCCAAAGAAAAGCGUAAGAAGAAGAGGGUUGUAUGGAACAUGAAGUUGGAUAAAUGGAGGCGGCCAUCUUACUAUCUGCCAGCUAUUAUUAUCUUGAUUUUGCUGCUAUUGACUAUGUUUGGACGAACUUUUGCAAUACUUUGUACCUGUCUUGGGUGGUACAUAGUCCCUACCUUGAAGGAGAGCUCAAAAACAGAAAGGUCAUCAACAAAGAAGAAAGAUCAUGUCAGAAAAUUGAGCGAGAAGAAGAUGGUGAUCAAGGAGAACAAGAAAGACUAUAUGAGAAGCAUUUCUGGGGUUGUGGAAGGCAACUCAGCGCCGCAUCACAGUCAUCAGAAAAGCUGGUGAGGAAUAGGAUGGGAUGAUCUGACUCCCUCCUUUCUCUCUAUGUUUUUUGAGCGGGUUAAUAAUUCGUCUGUUGUGUUCAUUGAUGUAAAUUAUUCGGGUUUUCUUUUUCAGUUUUGUUUUUUCACCUGUUGGUUGGUUUGGAAAUUCGAUCUCUUUGACAGGCUCACAAAUGUACAUUAUCAUGAGUGCUAUAUGUGUGGUAAGAGUUAGGCUAGCUGGAAAUUAAGAAACCCGUGUCAUCUAGUAUGUUUUGUAUGGCACAGUGAGUUUGUCAGAGUUUGAUUUAGAAGAAGCGGGGAUUCUCGUGAUUGCGGAUCGAUUAUCUCUGCAUGAAAAUGUUGUUUCAGAAACGUGUUCAUAUGUAAUAAAUUGAUAUAUUUAUUUGUUUGACGGAGGGCCUCAAGAGAGGGAUAAUGCUGAUCAAGCCUGAAGGAACGUUCCUUCAGUUUGCGCAAA